UCAAGCAUGCAUAGAGCGAGAUAACACACCACACUGAAGACUAGGGUUCUUAUUUAUUUAUUUUCCUUCUUCCCUUCUUCUCUCUUCUGGGUAUUAUCAGAAAUUGCUGUACUGUGAAGGAUAGGGUCAUGUUCAUAUGCAUAUGUAGAGAGAGAAAGAGAGGGGGAUAGGGAAGGAAGAGGCGAGCUAGCUGGAAUCAGAGGGCUUUUUUCUUCUCCUUCUUCUCAGCUUGUCUUCUCUCUCUUUCUUCCUCUCUCAAUAAUAGAAGGUGAAUUAUAUAUACACACAAAAGGAAGACAUUUUAUUUCAAGCUACAGAGAGAGAGAAAGGUGAGACAUUGGGGGGCUUUAUCCUUUUGUCUCCUCUAUCUCUCUCCCUUAUAUUUUCGGAGCUUCAUAUCCUUCGUUUUUCUCAGUCUUGUCAAGCGAGAGCGAAUACAUAGUUUAACAUAUAUUUUUAUAUAGAUAAAUUUAAUAUACACACACCCCCCACACGCACUCGAGGUCGAUUCUGAUUUCUCGAAACCCCAUUUCAUCUUAGAGGUUUAAAACUUCUGGGGUUGCUGAAUUUGCAUCGAAUCUCAUGUACGGAAGACUGAGCGGUUCAUACUGAGUUUCGGAUUUGAGAGGAAAGAGAAGAAGAAGGAGAAAAAGUGGCUUCUUUGAUGAGUUUUGGGGGUUUUCUCGACAAUAACUGGGGUGGUGGUGGUGCUGGCGGCGGCGGAGGAGGGGGCGGCGGCGGUGCCGGAAUCGUCGCCGAUAUUCCUUACAGCAACGGCACCAACGAUAAUAGAAUGCCGUCGAGUGGUUCAAUCUCACAGCCUCGUCUCGUCACACCGCCAACAAUGGCCAAAUCCAUGUUCAACUCUCCUGGGCUUUCUCUAGCACUGCAAACGAGUCUUGACGAGCAACAAGGGGAUGCGAAUAGAAUGCCUGAGAGCUACGAGCCAAAUGUUGGGGCAAGAAGAAGCCGAGAAGAAGAACACGAUAGCAGAUCUGGCAGUGAUAAUAUGGAAGGCCCCACUUCCGGCGACGAUCAGGACGCCGCCGACAACCGUCCGAGGAAAAAACGUUAUCACCGACAUACCCCUCAGCAAAUACAAGAGCUCGAAGCUUUAUUCAAGGAGUGUCCACACCCAGAUGAGAAGCAAAGACUAGAACUGAGCAGAAGGCUUUGCUUGGAAACCAGACAAGUGAAAUUUUGGUUCCAAAAUCGAAGAACCCAGAUGAAGACCCAAUUGGAGCGCCAUGAAAACACUUUGCUGAGACAAGAGAACGAUAAACUGAGAGCAGAGAACAUGUCGAUAAGAGAAGCCAUGAGGAAUCCUAUAUGUUCAAAUUGUGGAGGCCCAGCCAUUAUAGGUGAGAUUUCCCUCGAAGAACAACACCUAAGGAUUGAAAACGCUCGAUUGAAGGACGAACUAGACCGAGUUUGUGCUCUCGCCGGAAAGUUUCUCGGCCGACCCAUUUCUUCAUUGACCAGUCCGAUUGGUCCUCCAUUGCCAAACUCAAGCUUAGAACUCGGAGUUGGCAUCAACGGGUUUGAUGGUAUGAGCACAGUGCCUUCAACUUUGCCUUUAGGGCCUGGUUUUGGGAUAUCGAGCCAACUAGCCAUGGUUCCUCCGGCGACAACAACGUCGGGGACGACUUUGACCAGACCAUCGGGCACUUUGGUCGUCGGCGGUGGGCUUGACAGGUCCAUAGAGAGGUCUAUGUUUCUGGAACUAGCUUUGGCGGCCAUGGACGAGUUGGUGAAGAUGGUGCAUACAGAUGAACCUCUCUGGUUAAGAAGCUUAGAAGAAGGAGGAAGAGAGAUUCUGAACCAAGAAGAGUACAUGAGAACAUUCAGUAAUCCUUGCAUUGGAAUGAGACCAAAUGGCUUCGUCUCCGAAGCUUCUAGAGAAACUGGAAUGGUCAUAAUAAACAGCUUGGCCCUCGUUGAAACUCUAAUGGAUUCAAAUCGAUGGGCAGAAAUGUUUCCUUGUUUAAUUGCCAGAACCUCCACCGCUGAAGUAAUCUCCGGUGGAAUAAAUGGAACUAGAAAUGGUGCCCUCCAACUGAUGCAUGCUGAGCUCCAGGUUCUUUCGCCGUUGGUGCCAGUUCGCGAGGUGAAUUUUCUUCGUUUCUGCAAGCAACACGCAGAGGGGGUUUGGGCUGUGGUUGAUGUCUCCAUUGAUAACAUUCGAGAACCUUCUGGAGCUGCGUCUUUUAUGAACUGUAGAAGGCUUCCUUCUGGGUGCGUUGUUGAAGAUAUGCCAAAUGGUUAUUCCAAGGUGACAUGGGUGGAGCAUGCAGAAUACGAUGAAAGCCAAGUCCACCAAUUGUAUAGACCCUUGCUGACCUCCGGCAUGGGCUUCGGUGCUCAACGGUGGGUCGCCACCCUGCAACGCCAAUGCGAGUGCCUCGCCAUCUUAAUGUCCUCCUCCGUCCCCUCUCGAGAUCACUCCGCUGCCAUAACUGCCGGCGGCCGGCGGAGCAUGCUGAAGCUAGCCCAGCGAAUGACCAACAAUUUCUGCGCCGGAGUUUGCGCUUCCACCGUGCACAAGUGGAAUAAACUGAACGCCGGCAACGUGGACGAGGACGUCCGGGUGAUGACUCGAAAGAGCGUGGACGAUCCCGGCGAGCCGCCGGGGAUAGUUUUAAGCGCAGCCACCUCCGUUUGGCUCCCGGUUUCGCCCCAGAGACUGUUCGAUUUCCUACGUGAUGAGCAUCUCCGAAGUGAAUGGGACAUACUCUCAAACGGUGGGCCCAUGCAAGAGAUGGCCCACAUCGCCAAAGGCCAAGACCACGGCAAUUGCGUCUCUCUCCUACGAGCGAGUGCGAUGAAUGCAAACCAGAGUAGCAUGCUGAUACUGCAGGAGACAUGCAUAGACGCGGCGGGAUCUCUUGUGGUGUACGCGCCGGUAGAUAUCCCGGCCAUGCACGUGGUGAUGAACGGCGGCGACUCGGCGUAUGUGGCGUUGUUGCCAUCCGGGUUCGCUAUAGUCCCGGAUGGGCCAGGGUCGCGGGGGUCACAAACGCCGGCGAGCAACGGGAAUGUGAACGGCGGUGGCGUGAAUGAGAGGGUGAGUGGGUCCCUCCUGACGGUGGCUUUUCAAAUCCUCGUGAAUAGCCUUCCUACGGCCAAGCUCACGGUGGAAUCGGUGGAGACGGUGAACAAUCUCAUCUCGUGUACGGUUCAGAAAAUAAAGGCCGCUCUUCGCUGUGAAAGCUGACUCUCACGUGGUGCAUCGUAGGUCACGUGACCUAGUUGAAUUUUUUUUUUUGGGGUUUCGCUGAUAUGCUUUUCGUAGGGGCGCUUGUGCUUAUUUAAUUUCUUGAAAGCUCAGCUUAGUUAAUUUGUCAGGGUGGCGCGUGUAGAAGACGCGAGUUUGGGUUUCAUGUGGGGGUGUUGAGUCAAGAACGAACCGCACAGGAAUCAACAAGAAAGAGAACAAAGUCCUUGCAUGGUGGCAAGGAUCCGAAACUCAUAUGAUCCGGAUCUUUAGCGCAAGGCAAGGGUGGUGGUUCGGGUAUUGACUCAGGUCAACCCUUGCAUUCUCAAUUAGUGACAGAAAAUUGCUUCUUUUUUUGGUUUAAUAUUUUGAUGAAAUCUAAGAUAAAUUAUAAUAUAAAAUAAACGGAAGUGUGAAUGGUGUUCCCUGUA